CGAGCAGUUUCACUGGGUUCCUUCACCAACGCCGCACCAGUCCAUGGCGGAGGCAGAAGGAAAGCCGCCGCCGCCACGGCGAGCGCUGGCAAACGCAGUCUCAAAGAUAUCCAAAAUCCAGGGAUCGUCGACCAAGCUGAAUGUAGGAGGGCCACGAAUGCAGGCUUCGUUUGGACUCCAUGGCGACUUGGAUAUCGACAAAAUCCACGACGAAGUGCACUUUGCGUCGCCAUUGCUCAGCGCAUCGUCUCGGCUGCCAUUGAACUUGGGUGCACCGAUCGAUCCUCGGACUCAAACCAUGAAGGUCAUGCCGCUGGUGACGGACCCAGUACCUGUGGACCCCAUUUGUCCAAGGUCGGAGGAGAGUGCGCCUCGCAUGUCGGACGUGUCCAAGUGGCCCGCGCCGACCACCAAGUCUCCAUGGCCCGUGAGCGGUGGAAGCAAUCCCCGGAAGAGUAUCGUGGAUGUGAUCAACGCCGUCAAUUUGGAGAAGAAGAUGGCCAAGAAACUCCACGAAAACGUAACCAAGCGUCGCCGCGCGUCCGAGGCAAUGUCAACCGUCGUCAAAACAGCAAAGCGAAUGAGCCGGUCGAUGACCAUGAACCGGCGCAACGGCAUUGCCACGAUGGACGCAGUCCAGCUCGAAACGGAGCUCAACAACCUCUCGUCCAACUACAUUUCAAAACUCGCGCAGGACCACCAAACAUUUGUCAUUUCGAUUCACUCCCACAUCAAGGUGUGGUGGGACGCCGUCUUGGCCAUCGUCACACUCUACGCCAUCAUCAUGAUCCCCAUGGACCUGUGCUUUGACGUUGGGCGGUGCUACGGCUGGGUCCCAGCCCUCCAGGGCGUCGUCGAGAUUGUGUUUGCGAUCGAUAUCUUGGUCACGUUUCGCACGUCGUUCCUCGACAGCGCGACCCAUGAAGAGGUGGUCGACAUCGGGCGCAUCCGGCAGCACUACUUGACGUCGUGGUUUUGCAUCGAUGUCGUCGGGAGCGUCCCUUCCUGCGCCGUUGGCACAUCGAUUGAGCAGUCCAACGUGGCGUACCUCCGGCUCCUCGUCUUCCUUCGGAUCCUGCGGCUGUCGACGUCGCCGACCUUUUCCGAGUUCAUGUCAUGGGCCAGUCGCAAGUUUACGUCGUACUUGAUUCGGCUCGUCGUCCUUGUGACGAUGUAUCUGCUCUUGCACCACUACAUUGCGUGCUCGUACUAUCUCUUGGUGUUUUGGGAAAGCCACGAGGUGGAGCGGUGGGCGAUUCCGUUUGGGGCCAACGACUCGCUGGACGUCAAGUACGUGAGUUCGUUUUACCGAGGCCUGGCCAUUACAAGUGGCAGCGACUUGGGAGCGGUCACGAGCAUCGAGCGUGUGUGGAGCACGAGCAUGUUUGUGAUCGGGAUCAUUGCAAAUGCCUGUGUCGCGGGGAUCUGUGCGAGUGUGCUGGCUCAAAUGAACAAAGUGCAAGACGAACAGUCGCACCUGAAGGAAGCCAUCCACACCCGGCUGCGAAACUCCAACGCUGGCGAAGACUUGCAGGAGCGUGUGCUGGCGUACUUUGACAGCGCGCACGGGCGGGAAACGGCGCACCAUGCUGUGGACUUGUUCAAAGGCAUGCCGUCCAAGCUGCACUUUGAGCUGUCGGUCGCGCUGAAUCAUGCGUUCCUGGACAAAGUCCCGCUCUUUCGAACGCUCGAACCGGAAGGAAUCGUGGCGCUGCUUGAAUGUGUCGAUGAGACGGUUGCGAUGACGGGCGAUAUCAUCAUUCGCGCGGGGGAAGAGGGCCGCGCGUUCUACAUGAUCAAGAUGGGCAGCGUCGAGAUAUAUGACGAUUCGAGCGGAAAGCACGUGUCGAUCAAGCACAUGGAGGCAGGAAAUACAUUUGGCGAGAUGGCGCUGCUGCGGAAUGGCGUGGCGUCGGCCAGCGUCGUUGCAACGUCGUUUUGCGUGCUCUUGGUCCUGUACAAGGACAUUUUUCAGUGGAUCACGCGCGAAAACGACCAGGUCCGGACGUUCUGGGAGCGGUCCCGCGUCAAGCAAAUGGAGACAUCCGAGCUUGUUGUGCAGCGUGCCUCCUUGGUUGAGAUGGCCAGCGACGUAACGCGGGAAGUUGGCAUCGUCCACUACUUGACCAACAAAGUGUUCCCAAAGCGGAUGCAGGUGAUGCUGCGCAAAGUCCGGAUGCGCAAGGCCGCGCGGAAGGUGCUCCUGCUCCAAAAACACCACCGCCUCGCCCACCACGACGACAACGAGCGCGUGCAUCGGCCAUCGUCUCAACAAUUCUCGCAGUUAUCUAACGUGAGCACUCGGCACGAUGGAGCGACCCAGCCGUCGCCACACAUGCUUGGAGAGCCACCGACGAUACCAUCUCGCCCCGAUGUCCCGAACAGCGCGGUGUCGUCGGGGGGUGGCAGCACGGCCAAGAGGUCGCGGUUCAAAAUGGCCGCGAAGAAGGUGCGGGCGUCGCCGAUGGGCAACGCACAUAUGCUCGUGUCAAUGCUGAAGGGGCGGCAAACGAGCGCGCGGGCGCUCGCCGCCGUCUCCAAGAUGUCUCAGAUCGCCGCCAAGGACAUGGUCGAUGCCCAAGCCAUCACGAAGGCGAAUAUUUUAUAUCGCGCCGACGAAUCGUAACACGUGUGCAUCGUACCUCA